GGAAGCGAUGCGCACGGCGUUUGCCCCUGCGUCCCGGCGGGAGCAGGCAGAGUCAGUGGAUGUAGGGCAGGGGAGCCCGACAUGGCUACGGCGGGAGGCGGCGGCUGCGAGAGCGCCGCGCCCGAGGCCGAUCGUCCCCAGCCGCGGCCGUUCCUCAUCGGCGUGAGCGGCGGCACCGCUAGCGGCAAGUCAACAGUGUGCGAGAAGAUCAUGGAGCUGCUGGGACAGAACGAAGUGGACCGCCGGCAGCGCAAGUUGGUCAUCCUGAGCCAGGACUGCUUCUAUAAGGUUCUGACGGCCGAGCAGAAGGCCAAGGCCUUGAAGGGACAGUACAAUUUCGACCACCCAGAUGCUUUUGAUAAUGAUCUGAUGCACAAGACUCUGAAAAACAUUGUCGAAGGCAAGACUGUCGAGGUCCCCACCUAUGAUUUUGUGACCCACUCAAGGUUGUCAGAGACCACGGUGGUCUACCCAGCUGACGUGGUUCUGUUCGAGGGCAUCUUGGUAUUCUACACCCAGGAGAUCCGGGACAUGUUCCACCUGCGUCUCUUUGUAGACACAGACUCGGAUGUUAGGCUGUCUCGAAGAGUUCUCCGGGAUGUGCACCGAGGGAGGGACCUGGAGCAGAUUCUGACCCAGUACACCACCUUUGUGAAGCCAGCCUUUGAGGAGUUCUGCCUGCCGACCAAGAAGUACGCUGAUGUGAUCAUCCCUCGGGGGGUUGACAACAUGGUCGCCAUCAACCUGAUCGUCCAGCACAUCCAGGACAUUCUCAACGGUGACCUGUGCAAGCGGCACCGAGGAGGGCCCAAUGGGCGCAACUACAAGAGGACCUUCCCUGAGCCCGGAGAUCACCCUGGGGUGCUGGCCACGGGCAAGCGCUCACACUUGGAGUCCAGCAGCAGGCCCCACUGAGACCGGCAUAUGCUGUUUGUGACCAAUGAACCUAGUUUAACACCUCCAAGUGGUCUAUCGUCCAGUCUAAGGAGCUCGAGGCAGGAAGGAACCCCAAGUCUGUCUACUCACGUGACCCUAAGCAGCAUCACACUUGAUGCAAGGAACUCCUGGGUAUCCUGGGGCCUGGAUUGUGGGAUAAAUGGAAGCAGGCCAUCAGGUUUCCUAUGGCUAAAAUAGUGUCUUCGCAAUUCUGCAGGGAGCCCAAGCCCCAGGGGCUGUCUGUACAAGCCACUUGGGUAUAGUUCAUGGUGAGCAUGCCAGGGCAGGCUAUCUCCAGGUAGGGGAGCACUAAGUGCAGAAUAGUCACAUGACCAUGGUUGCCUAAAGCCAGCCAGUCUCCUGCACACCCAACCUGAGCUCAUGGCUUCCCAAAUGGUCCAUUCUAUGAUGUUGUCAGGUUUGUCUCCCCUCCCACGGGAUGGCCCAAAAGGAAGUGUCCUUUGCUAUUGUCACAGGCUUUGGCGCAGACACUUCUCAAUUGUUCUUGUUAAAUACAACCGUGGUUCCCACUCAUGACAGCAGCUGAGCUGUGUUGAGCUCGGGGGCUGGUUUCUGUUAGUGCUGUACUGGUUGUGUUGAACUGAAAUCCCUCA